AGGUUGAGUUAAUGCCUCGUUGGUAUAGAAGGACCCAAAGGUUCAAAAGGUUCGAAGGGGCAGCCGGCAUUCUGGCAAUGGGGCAUUCCUUUAUAAAUAUAGAUGGGCGACCGAAGCUAGUAAGCAAAGCAGAAAUUAAACAUUUUCCACCAAAUUACUCUCUCGCAGCACCCACACCAAUGACGCUUUUUGAGAAUGUUUUAUUUUUUGGUGGGGCGUUUUUUGAGAAUGAUGAUGCAUCGUCAUCCUUUGACCUCUUUGCUGAAAGUUUGGCAUCUCCGGGACUGGCGCCACCAUAUGCUGCCUCUCCCUCUCCCACGAGGUCGUUGUUCACCAGCAACCCUGUUACGGAGACGGGGACCGCCGAGAAUGCUGCAGCGGCGACGACUAGUGUUGUCCAUCAUCUACAAAGAGAUUCUGAUGGUACAGAGUGCGAUUCGCUGUUGGAUAUGACGGGAGGCAUGGCGAUCAGCCCUCAAUUUGCGGGCUUUUCUGGUGAUCAACCCUUGUUCCUUACGCCCGACAUGGUGAUGAACUACUUUCCCCCGCCGUCCGGUGAUUCCAUCGGAAAUUCCGAUCCAUUUAGAUUGCGCAAUUUUGCAGAUGAUAGUGAGGUUCAAGAGUUACAUGAUGUGAAACGAGUAGUGAAGGUGACGCUUUCAUGGAAUGAUUCUCAACUUUUCUCCCACAACGACUCUUGGUUCGUGUCUUGGUUGAAUAUUGCUGUACAGGCAAUGAAAAAAGGAUUGCCGGUGGCGCAUACAGAUGUUAAUCUUUACUGGAAAUGUAAGUAUACUGCCUUCAAUUUAAUAAUAGAAUUUGAAGUAGGGGCCAGGAAAGCGUGGAUGGAACUUAAAUCAGUUACUCGUCCACCAAGUGGCCAGGAAAGCGUGGUUGAAUGUUUGGAAAAGGAUUUUGUGGAACCAAUUAUAGAACACAUCCAAUCGGCGUUCAUAAGAAAUGUUGAGAGGGCUACUACAGAGUUGGAUGUGAUUGCUACUGCAAAGUUAGAAAUAAGUGACCACUGUUGUGUUGCUGCAGAGAGGGAUGCUGAACCUUUCCUAGUGAUUACCUAUUUUGUUUAUCUUCCUGAAGAGUUAACAAAGAGUCGUACUGUUGGCAUUUUGCCAGAACCACAUGAAGCAGAAUGCGGGAUGGACUCACCAUGUGAACCCCAUAUGCCCAAAUCCAGUGCAACAAAUAAUAGCAUUGAUGGAAACACCCACACUAUCAGCAGGUGGGAGAAAGAUCAUGGAAUUACCCGCCAGCUUCUUCAACAACUGUUUGGUAAGAGUCGCGAUGUGGCUGCUAAAACUCUUAAAGUUAGCACACCUACAUUCAAGCGAGCAUGUCGCUACUUUGGCAUCAAUAGAUGGCCAAAUCACAAGGGAAAAAGGCCCAAUAAUUGCUCUCUCAACCAAAAACAACCCUGUCCUGCUCUGCCUCUUCUAGAAGGCACAAAUACAAUCCAAUGUAACAGCACAAUAAUGUCUGUCAAGGUAAACUAUAACAAUGAUACCAUAAGGUUUCCACUCACAUCCUCCUCAACUAUCAAAUAUUUGGAGGAUCAAUUGGAAACAAAGUUCAAAAUAUCACUAGAAAAUAUGUCUAUCAAGUAUCAAGAUGAGGAAGAUGAGUGGAUUACCCUAACGUGUGAUUCGGAAUUGCUGCACGGUUUCGAUGUGUUGAGAUCAUGUGGCGAGACCGUAAUCAGAAUGAUGAUCACCCCCAAAUUUAACUGAUCUGUGGAUGCAGGCCGGACUUCAUUUUGCUCCUUUCCUUCUCCCCUACCUACUUGUAUUUCUUCCUUCUGGUGUUGGAACCAUUCUAGGCUUGUUUAGUAACUGGUUUCACGUGUUUUCUUCCCUUUGUAAUGUUUUAUGUACAAUAUAGCAUACUCUUGUCCUAA